AUGAUAAUUACCGAUGAUGAUUUUAAUGGAAUUGAGUCCUUGAAGUUUGAAUUAGCUCAUUGUUUCGCUAUGAAAGACUUAAGAUUACUACGCUAUUUUCUGGGAAUCGAGAUUGCCUCUUCACCUAAAGGCUAUCUUUUGUCUCAGUCAAAGUACAUAGCUGAUCUAUUUGAGCGUGCACAUCUCACUGACAACAGGAUAGUUGAUACUCCCCUUGAGACUAAUGCUAGGUACUCUCCUUCAGAUGGUUCUCCUUUGCCUGAUUCUAAUCUCUAUCGUACAGUUGUGGGGAGCUUGGUGUAUCUCACUGUGACUCGUCCUAAUAUUGCAUAUGUUGUACAUGUGGUUAGUCAGUUUGUCACUGCACCGACCACAGUUCAUUUGGUUGCUAUUCUUCGUAUUCUUCGGUAUCUUCGGGGAACUCAGUUUCAGAGUCUUUUAUUCCCUUCUACUUCCUUGUUAGAACUUUGUGCAUAUUCUGAUGCUGAUUGGGCGGGUGAUCUUACGGAUCAUAAGUCGACCACCGGCUUCUGUAUUUUUCUUAGAGAUUCUCUUAUCUCUUAG